ACCAUAUGCAAAUCGUUGGAGCAAAACAAUGAUAGGAUAUGGCCCCGAGGAUACACAUUUUGUCAUUGAGUUGACAUAUAAUUACGGGAUUAAAGAAUAUGAAACUGGAAACGAUUUCAAAGCUAUCACUAUACGUUCAAAAGAUGUGAUUGAAAAAGCACGUGCAAAUAAUUGGCCAAUACAUGAAGAAGAUGGAAAAUUUGUAGUACAGGCACCUGGUGGAUAUAAAUAUUACAUUGUUAAUGAGCAAUCUCCUACUAACAGUGAUCCAGUAGAAAAAGUUACUCUAUCCAGCUCCAAUCUUGAACGUACCAUUACCUAUUGGAAGGAUAUUUUGGGAUUACAAAUAUUUGGUAGGAAAGAUAAAAGUGUGUUGAUGGGUUAUAGCAAAGAUCAAGUCAAACUUGAAUUUGAAGAUAUUG